ACAGGUGAUCAUUCGAACAUGCUCCUGCUUGGGGAGAAAAUGCUUAACCCCGUGUCAAUGCAUGUCCACUCGUGACCCACAUACACUUCACCCUAUGGUAUUAAUUUUAAUUUAUAUCCCAUGGAUAUGCUUUUAUAUUUGUACAACAGAUAAUUAUUCCUUCGAUCAAAAACUAGUUUAAAAUUUUUAUUUUUGUAUUAGUGUGUAUAUAUAAAUAGAACAAAACUUGAGUGAGACAUCAAUAAACCAACGAAAGUAACUCACUAAGCCUAAUCCCAACCCAUAAUCUGUCUAAAGCCUUUUACCAAAAAAAAAACUGUAAAGCCAAGAUGUGUGCACUUGUCCCUCCAUUGUUUCCCAAUUUCGGCUGGCCUUGCGGAGACCAAGGCUUCUAUGUAAACGACGACGUAGCCAACACGUUUCUUGAUUUUCCGUUGCCGGACUUGGAGGUGGCUCAUCAGAAUGUGUCGUCGGAGAGACAUAGAACUUUAGGGUUAGAGAAUCCUGUCCUGAUGAAGAAGCUUAAUCACAACGCGAGCGAGCGUGGUCGCCGUAAGAAGAUCAACGAAAUGUUCUCAGCUCUCCGUUCUUGUCUCCCAUCUACCAAUCAAUCGAAGAAGUUAAGUGUUUCUGCAACAGUUUCUCAGGCCCUAGAGUACAUACCAGAGCUGCAAGAGCAAGUCAACAUGCUCAUAAAGAAGAAAGACGAGCUCUCGUUUCAAAUCUCAGGUCAAAAAGAUCUCCUUAACACUAACCAAAAUGAUAAGCCAGAGAAAGGGGUCACUGGUUAUGCAUCAACGGUUUCUGCAACUAACCUAGGUGAGACAGGUUUAAUGGUCCAGAUUUCAUCGUUACAGACUGUAAAGUGUUCGUUCGGGAACGUAUUGAGUGGACUAGAAGAAGAUGGGUUGGUUCUUGUGGAUGCUUCAUCUUCAAGGUCUCAAGGAGAGAGACUCUUUUACACUUUGCAUCUUCAGAUGGAUAAUUGCAAUCUGAAUUUUGAAGAGUUACGUAGUAGGUUGUUGUACUUGUACGAGAAAUGUUGAAACUCAUUUACAUGAUUCAAGAAAAUAUUGUAUGUGAUUUGGUUUUGUUUUCUAUCUCUCUCUUUAAAACUCGAGGUUAGAAAUAGUAUGAACCUUCUGCCUAAUCAAGAAGGCUUUUUAUUUUAAUAAUGUUAUUUUGUUAAAAUAAUGGUUAACUAUAGAGUUAAUUAACUUUUAAAGAGUUAGGUCUGUUUUAAGAAAUCCGUAACUACCCAAAGAAGGCGGUCUAAAUAAAUACACACUGUCUUCUUUGGGUAGUUAUGAACAUAAGUAGCUUCUGAUGGUUGUUGAGUUUUAUGUAAUCCUUGCAUGGUUAAACAUAGAUCUUGUAGUUUAUCAUCAAAUGAGACUUUGAUCACCAGCACUAUAGCUUCAACAGUAAAUUUAUCUGAAUUUUCUUAGUAACUCUCAAUGUUCAGGUUUUCCAACUUAUUGACAACGAAACAGUCGAAGAAGACCAUUAUUUUUUUUUUACCAGAGAUAGUAAGUAGUAGAACAAACUAAAGUUUUAACUAGUGACCACUAUAAAAAUAAAAAGAAUAAAACGGAACAAAAUAGUAAGAAAGAAAAUUAAUGUUUGUUCCUUAUUAUUCCUUCUCAGAAUUAAUAAAAAUGUUUUUAUUCUAUUAUUCCUUAAAUUAAAAGAAAGGAAAAGGAAUACUGGAAAAAAAAUUAUAAAUAGUGUCAAAUUUAAGAAAAGGAAAAAAAUUAAUUAUUUCCAAUUAUUUCUUUGGUUACCAUUUAGACUAAGAUAGGCGAAUGAUCGAACUGCAGGCCUUGACUUUUGGGCUCAGUCUGUUUGAUAAAUAUGGUAGCAAAGACAAAACUGUUGUAUGGUAGCAAAGAGGUCAUGAACAAGUAGACAAACUAAAAAUAGCAUCUAGAUUAUUAUUGAGAGAUGAUUACAAAUGAUUCUUGUAUGUGUAACUCAUCUGACAGAAACGUUGUAAUAAUCUGUUUUUUAUUGUUUGUAAAUUAUAUCGUACUGUCUUAAGAUUAUAACAUGGUCGAAUAAAUAUUAUCGAGUAUUGUAAGUUGUGACUAAUGUGUAACGUACAAUCUUAAAAAAAAAAUAUUAUUUAAAAUUUUCUUUGUUUAUAUUGCAUGUAUCUUACUACUGAUUCAUUGAUUUUUUUCUGUUAACAAGAAAAAACUGCAACUGGGAAUAUAACUUUUCUGGGUCGACUGCAUCAACGAAGCUGUAAAGCCAAACUCAAGUUGGGAACGAGAUGGCCAUAUAAAAAAUUCAAACUACUUAAAAUAGAUAAAAGCUGAAAAUAAUCAAAUGGUCAAAUAAUAAUACUAAAGUAAUGCCAAAUUCACGGGAAAGCAUAUAAAAUAGUGCAGUUAGGUUCAAUGCAUUCUCCAAAUUCAAAAAUGUAUGAGGAAUUAAAAGUUCUCAAUGUUUUUACAGGCACGACCCAACUUGCUUUAAUUUCAAAAUGUUUUAUUUUUCAGCUUCAUUUUGUGUUAAAUAUGCAUGUUAGUGAAAUACGUUUACCCAUGCUUAAAUGCACCAUUAUUGGAAAAAGCAUAAACAUAUCACUGUUUAGUUUUAUGAUUUUUUUUUUUGCGAACGUUCAGUGCAAAACUCCCUACUUACAAAAAGAAAAUGUGUUACGUUUAUGCUCUUUCUUUUCAUUUAGGCUUAGGGAAAAUUUCUUAAAAAUACACGGACAAAUUUUCAUUUGCUAAUAAAAUAUACGAACUAUUUUAGAUCCUCGUUUAAUACGCGAACUAAUUUUCGUUGCCUAUUAAAUACAUAAACUUUUGAAAUUCGCAGAUUUUACACAUCAUUUUAGACUGCGUUAAGUAUAUUUAACGGAAGUGACCACGGCGGUAGUGCUUAAUUAACACGUGUUUAAAUUAUGAAAAGAAAAUUCCUUAAAAAUACAUAAACUAUUUUUCAUUUGCUAGUAAAAUACACGAACUAUUUUGAAUCCCCGUUUAAUACACAACUAAUUUUUGUUUUUGAUUAAAUACACAAACUUUUGAAAUUUUCAGAUUUUACACAUUUGUCAACUAUGUUUAACAGAAGUGAAGAUAAUGUUAGUGUUUAAUUGAACAUGUGGUUAAACUGUGAAGAAAAUUUUCCUUAAAAAUCAUCCCGAUAGAUUAUAUUGUUAGCUUUCUUUUCCAUUGCGCUUCCUUAGUGUAAAAUAUUUUUUUUUGAUUAAAUUUCAAAAAUAUUUUAUCAUAGUAGAAAGAAUAUAUGUAGAACCUAAUUCAUAACACUAAACUUAUUUAUCAUAGUGUAAAUUAACCUUGAAUCAUUAUCACUACUAUCAAAGCGAAGAACAAGAAUUAGAAAUGCAUAACACUAAACUAUUUCCAAAAUCAAAAACUCGUUUAAAAUUACGUAGUUUUCUUCGUCCUUUUUCAUGGCAUGGAAAUCGACUCAACUUCGUAUCGAUAUAAAGGGAAAUCAAAGUAAAGAAGAAGAAAAUGAACAUAGUUUGGAGAAUAAAAGAUGUUGGAACAAAUUAGGGUGUCAAAAUAGAAUUGAAACUAACUCAAAUUAAUUUCAAUUGACCGAGGGUGAGCGUGUCUUUCACAGUUAAACCACUUGUUUAAUUAAAACUAACAUCAUCUUCUGUUAAACAUAGUUGAUAUCGUCUAAAUCAAUGUGUAAAAUCUGCAAAUUUUAAAAUUUUGUGUAUUUAAUGGAAAACAAAAAAUAGUUUGUGUAUUAAACGGAGAUUCAAAAUAGUUAGAGUAUUUUAUUAGCAAAUGAAAAAUAGUUUUUGUAUUUUUAAGAAUUUUUUUUUUCAUAAUUUAAACACGUAAUUAAACACUAACGCCGUCGUCAUUUCCGUUAAAUAUAGUUAACGCUGUCUAAAACGAUGUAAAAUCUGCGAAUUUCAAAAGUAUAUGUAUUUAAUAGAUAUCAAAAAUUAAUUCAUGUAUUAAACGGGAACCCAAAAUAGUUGGUGUAUUUUAUUAGCAAACGAAAAUUAGUCAUAUAGUUUUAAGGAAUUUUCCCUCACGCUAAUGGUCAUACACUCGUAUCUCCACUUAAACUUUCAGAGUGGAACUCAAUCAAAUCGAACUGAGAAUUACAUAAAAGACAUUAAAUAUACAAAGAUUACAUUUUUUUUUGUUACUGAUACAAAGAUUACAUAUAACAUGAAUUAUAAUGGUUAUUAACUCAUCAAGUAUUGUGGCUGGGGUAAGUUCAAAAAAAAUAUUGUGGCUGGGGAAAACGAGAACG